UCUCCUUGAAUAAGGGUGAAGAUGGAGGUGCCAACAGUCAGCAGUAAAGAUAAUGGUGUAUCUCAUGUUCUGACUCUAGCGCUGCAAGAGCUCAGUUUGCUCUGUAAGAGAGAUGUCAAUGGUGUUGGCAUGCUCUAUGACCUGCUCAGAUCUCAGUGGCUGCAAGCACUGCUAAAGAUUUAUGAAUGCCUCCAACACUACCUUGGAAAAAGACCAGCUCCUGUCACGCUGCAGGCACGUGCGUUGAGUCGUGAGGUGGCAGAGUUACUGCGUGAAGCCCCUCAGUCAGGAGAGAUCAAAGAGCUAAGGCGGCUGCUGCGUUCUCCACACUUCAAGGCCUUGCUAUCUGCUCAUGAUACUGUGGCCCAGAAAGAUUUUGAACCAACCCUUCCACCACUGCCAGACAACUUACCUGAAAAUGAAGAAGCUAUGAGGAUUGUCUGCUUAGUGAAAAACAACCAGCCUCUGGGUGCCACCAUCAAACGCCACGAGAUAACAGGUGACAUUACAGUUGCCCGUGUGAUCCACGGAGGGCUGGCAGACAGAAGUGGGUUGCUGUAUGCUGGAGAUAAACUGGUGGAAGUAAAUGGAGUUCCUGUUGAGGGACUUGAGCCUGAGCAAGUCAUUAAUAUUCUGGCCCUGUCUCAGGGGACAAUUAUGUUCAAAUUAAUUCCAGUUUCUGAUCGGCCUGUCAGCAACCAAACAACACUUUAUGUGCGAGCAAUGGCAGAUUACUGGCCCCUGCAAGAUCCUGCCAUACCAUGUGCUGAUGCAGGUUUGCCUUUUAAGAGGGGUGAAAUACUCCAGAUUGUGGACCAGAAUGAUGCUCUCUGGUGGCAGGCCAGGAAAGUUUCAGAUCUGAGUGCCUGUGCUGGACUCAUACCCUCAAAUCACCUUCUUAAAAGGAAGCAGCGAGAAUUCUGGUGGUCUCAGCCUUUCCAGCCCCAUCUCUGUCUCAAAUCAUCAAUGUUAAGCACUGUGGAAGAAGAGGACGACAUGCAGAUUGAUGAAAAGUGUGUGGAAACAGAUGAAGAAACAUUUGAGUCAGAGGAGCUUAAAGAAGAGGAGGAAGAAUUUGGUGAAUUUGGUCAUCGGGUCUUUAUCGCUGGAUUCCGCAGGAGCAUGCGGCUGUGUCGCAGGAAAGCCCGGCUCAAGCAGCAGUCCUGCUGCCCCGGCAGCUGUGCCCUGGCAGCUCCCUAUGAAGAGGUGGUCAGGUACCAGCGGCACCCGGCAGACCGGCACAGACUCAUUGUCCUCGUGGGUCCUGCAGGAGUUGGUGUGAAUGAGCUACGGCGAAGGCUGAUCACAAGUAACCCACGAGAGUUUCAAAGUGCCACACCUCACACCACUCGUGUUCAGAAAAGUUAUGAAAUGAAUGGUCGUGAAUAUCAUUAUGUAUCAAAGGAAACUUUUGAAAACAUGGUGUAUAGCCACAGAAUGCUGGAAUAUGGGGAGUACAAAGGGUACCUGUAUGGCACCAGUAUUGAUGCAGUGCGAGCAGUCCUUGAAGCAGGGAAGAUCUGUGUAAUAGAUUUAGAACCACAGGGUAUACAGCUAGCCCGGACCCAUGAGUUAAAGCCCUACAUUAUAUUCAUCAAGCCCCCCAGCAUAGGCUGCAUGAGGCAGACUCGUAAAAAUGCCAGAAUCAUCACAGAUUAUUACGUGAACAUGAAGUUCAAGGAAGAAGACUUACAGGAGAUGGAAGAAUCAGCUAAGAAAAUGGAAGCUCAGUUUGGUCAGUUCUUUGAUCACGUGAUUGUGAAUGACAAUUUGCAAGAAGCAUCUUCACAGCUGCUGUGUGCAGUACAUCGUGCACAGGACGAGCCCCAGUGGGUCCCUGCAGUAUGGAUAUGCUCAGACACUCAGCCCUAAUUCUGAGCAGCAGGCAGCUUCCGAGAGAUUACAGCUUAUGUUUUACUUCAAGAAUAAUCCUAAUGUCAGGAUUGCAAGAAUUUAUCU